UGUCCCGGGCUGCGGCUUUCGCUGGCGCUAGCUGACCUCCAACCUUGCUUGCACAAGGAUGACCGUGCCAAAGGAAAUGGCUGAGAAAUGGCUGUGGAUGUUAGUGCCUUGGAGGGGACGCUGGUCGCCGCGCAGUAAGGAUCCUGGACAAGAGGAGGAACGGCAUGUGAAAGCUAACGACCGUGACUACAAUGACAAGUUUCCAUACGCCGCCAAUCACAUCAAAACCUCAAAAUACAACAUCUUCACCUUCCUGCCCAUUAAUUUAUUCGAGCAGUUCCAGCGCGUCGCCAAUGCAUACUUCUUAUUUCUUCUCAUAUUACAGCUGAUUCCUGAGAUCUCCUCUCUGUCCUGGUUCACCACCAUCGUGCCCUUGGUGUUAGUGCUCACAGUCACUGCUGUGAAGGAUGCCACAGACGACUAUUUCCGUCAUAAAAGCGAUCAGCAAGUCAAUACUCGCCAGUCUCAGGUACUCAUCAGGGGAAAGCUGGAGAGUGAGAAAUGGAUGAACGUGCGAGUGGGAGAUGUCAUUAAGCUGGAGAACAAUCAGUUUGUCGCUGCCGAUCUCCUGCUCCUCUCUAGCAGUGAACCCUAUGGACUGUGUUACAUUGAGACAGCAGAGCUGGACGGGGAGACGAAUCUGAAGGUGCGUCAGGCUUUAACAGUGACUUCAGAGCUGGGAGCAGAUAUUACCAAGCUGGCUGAAUUUGACGGGGAGGUUGUCUGCGAGCCUCCAAAUAACAAAUUGGACCGGUUCACGGGGACUCUCUUCUGGAAAGAUAACAAGUAUCCUCUGGACAACGAGAAGAUGCUUCUGCGUGGAUGCGUGCUCAGAAACACAGAGUGGUGCUUCGGCCUGGUCAUAUUCGCAGGACUCCAAACCAAGCUGAUGCAGAACUGUGGGAGAACGAAGUUUAAAAGAACCAGCAUUGACAGACUCAUGAACACUUUAGUUUUAUGGAUCUUUGGAUUUCUGACAUGCAUGGGUAUCAUCCUGGCUGUGGGGAACUCCAUCUGGGAGGAGAGGGUGGGAAAAACCUUCCGGGUGUACCUGCAGUGGGACGAGGUCCUGAGUGACUCGGUGUUUUCUGGGUUCCUCACCUUCUGGUCUUACAUCAUCAUCCUCAACACGGUGGUCCCCAUCUCCCUCUAUGUCAGUGUGGAGGUGAUCCGCCUGGGCCACAGCUACUUCAUCAACUGGGACCGGAGGAUGUACUACAGCCGGAGGGACACGCCUGCCGAGGCCCGCACCACCACACUGAACGAGGAGCUCGGCCAGGUGGAGUACAUCUUCUCCGACAAGACCGGAACCCUCACCCAGAACAUCAUGACCUUCAACAAGUGCUCCAUCAAUGGGAAGACUUAUGGUGAUGUCUAUGAUGAGUUCGGCCAUAAAGUGGAAAUUACAGAGAAAACCCCUUGCGUGGACUUCUCCUUCAACCUGCUGAGGGACAGGAAGUUCCGCUUCCACGACAGCAGCCUGGUGGAGGCCAUAAAGCUGGAGGAGGCCCCGGUGCAUGAGUUCUUCCGCCUGCUGGCACUCUGCCACACCGUCAUGCCUGAGGAGAAGAAUGAAGGGGAGCUGGUGUACCAGGCGCAAUCACCUGACGAGGGUGCUCUCGUCACGGCCGCGCGCAACUUUGGGUUCAUCUUCAGAGCCAGGACGCCAGAGACCAUAACCGUGUAUGAAAUGGGGAAGCCCGUCACCUACCAGCUCCUGGCCAUCUUGGAUUUCAACAACGUGCGCAAGAGAAUGAGUGUCAUUGUGAGGACCCCAGAGGGACGGCUCAAGCUAUACUCGAAGGGGGCGGACACCAUUAUAUUUGACAGGCUGGACCCAUCCAAUGAGGAGCUGAUGUACACUACCUCAGAACAUCUCAAUGAGUUUGCUGGAGAAGGGCUGAGGACGCUGGCUCUGGCCUACAAAGAUCUCGACGAGGAUUUCUUCGAUGAAUGGAUGAAGAAGCUUCAUUUCGCCAGCACUACACUCGAUAACCGUGAGGACUGCCUCGCGGUGCUUUAUGAGGAGAUCGAGCGGGACAUGCAGCUGUUGGGUGCCACAGCCAUAGAGGAUAAGCUGCAGGAAGGAGUGGCGGAGACCAUUGCCUGCUUAACUCUGGCCAACAUUAAGAUCUGGGUCCUCACAGGAGACAAACUGGAGACGGCCGUGAAUAUUGGAUAUUCCUGUAACAUGCUGCGGGACGACAUGAACGAGGUCUUUAUCAUCUCAGGGCAUUCGGUGCUAGAGGUCCAGCAGGAGCUCAGAGCGGCGAGGGAGCAGAUCCUGGGGCCGUGCCGAGAGGCGGCCGGCGGCAGCAUGGACGCAGAAAAGCUGGAAAUGAACGGGAGGGACUCCGUGUUUGAAGAAACCUUCACUGCAGAGUAUGCAUUAAUCAUUAACGGGCACAGUUUGGCCCACGCCCUGGAGGCGGACCUGGAGCGCAUGCUGCUGGACGUGGCGUGCCUGUGCAAGACGGUCAUCUGUUGCCGGGUCACUCCUCUGCAGAAGGCCCAGGUGGUGGAGCUGGUGAAGAAGUACCGGGGAGCCGUGACCCUGGCCGUCGGGGAUGGCGCCAACGACGUCAGCAUGAUUAAAACCGCGCACAUCGGCGUGGGCAUCAGCGGUCAGGAGGGCAUGCAGGCGGUGCUGGCCUCGGACUACUCCUUCGCCCAAUUCCGCUACCUGCAGCGACUCCUGCUGGUGCACGGCCGCUGGUCCUACUUCCGCAUGUGCAAUUUCCUGUGUUACUUCUUCUACAAGAACUUUGCCUUCACCCUGGUGCACUUCUGGUUUGGCUUCUUCUGUGGCUUCUCAGCGCAGACGGUGUAUGACCAAUGGUUUAUUACCCUCUUUAAUAUAGUCUACACCUCUCUGCCAGUUCUCGCUAUGGGCAUGUUUGACAAGGACGUCAACGAGCAGAACAGCCUCCAGCACCCGAAGCUCUACGAGCCCGGCCAGCUCAACCUGCUGUUCAACAAGCGGCAGUUCUUCCUGUGCACGCUGCAGGGAAUGUACAGCUCCUUCGUGCUCUUCUUCAUCCCCUACGGGGCCUUCUCCUACGCCGUGAGGGACGACGGGUCCCAUAUCUCCGACCAGCAGUCCUUCGCCGUCACCAUAGCAACGUCCUUAGUGAUCGUGGUGAGCGUUCAGAUUGGGCUGGACACACAUUACUGGACGGCUGUGAAUCACUUCUAUAUAUGGGGCAGCCUUGCUGUUUACUUCGCCAUACUAUUUGCUAUGCACAGUGAUGGCAUUUUCAGCAUAUUCCCAAGCCAUUUCCCUUUCAUUGGCACUGCGCGGAACUGCUUGACUCAGAAGAGCGUGUGGCUGGUCAUUCUCCUCACCACAGUGGUGUGUGUGGUGCCGGUGGUCGCCGUCCGAUUCCUGAGGGCGGAUCUCUACCCAAGCCUGACGGACAAGGUGCGCCUCUUACAGCGAGCCAGCAGGAGGCAGCGACCCCCGGGUCAGAACCUGAAGCGCGUGCGCAGGACCAGCUCCCGCCGCUCGGCAUACGCCUUCGCUCACCAGGAGGGCUACGGCGAGCUCAUCACCUCGGGCAAGAACAUGAGGGUCGCUGGCCUCGGCACUGCCCCCCCCGCUGGAAGGAUGCAGAACAGCACCAGCUGGAUUGAAAACCUGCUGAAGAAGAGGAUUGACAUGACCAGCACCGCAGUCACUGAGCCCCAGGCCAACAGCAGAGACACUGAGGAAACGGAGCCAUCCCUGACACGGCAGCACUAAGACUGACAGGGAACGGGCCCAUCUAAAACACGGCAGCACAGGGGCUGAGGAAGAACACUAGACCCACGUAUAGCAGCACAGAGACUGAGGGAGUGGACCCAUUCCCAAAAAAAAACAGCAGCACAACAUGUGGAGGUACAGACAUAAUGCUAACAUAGCACUGCAGCAGCAGAGAGAGCUGACCAGAGCCAAACACGGAAGCACACAGACAGAAGGAAGAGACUCAGACCAAACACAAACGCAGCGUCACAGCGUGAGGAAACAGAGCCAUCCCAAUCACAGCAGCACAGAGACUGAGGGACCAGACGGGGCUGCCAAACUGCACCACAGAGACUUCAGUAACAGUCAAUCAGGACAGUCAGUCAGUUAUACAGGACCGGAGGGAACAGAACAGAUAUUAGAGCAGCCGUG